AAAUAGUCUAAAGCCACACUGUAGCAUCUUUUUGAAAAAAAAUAUAGUCAAAAUUAAAUGCCGAAAAUAUGAGCGUAAUUUUAGAUUUACACGCUUUAAGCGUAGACGACAUUGUCGAGGAGUACAAGAUCUUGCAUGAGCGCUACCAGAAGCUAAAGAACCAGACUGAAAACGAUGCCCAGCGCAUUUUCAGUUUGAAAAGAAAUCUGGACACAGCGCUGGCCGCCGAGGCAUACUUGACCCAAGAACUCGAACAAUUGGGCACGCAAACGUUAGAAGUUCGUCCAGGUGUGGAGGUGCAGGAGUUGGAGGAGCUGCGCCGCAAGUUCAGGAGCCUGCAAGUGGAGCACGACACCCUCCAGCAGGACUAUGACACCAAAGCGGAAGAAGCGAGGGGAUUGCAAAACCAACUGGCGGCUGUGGAGCGUGGGCUGGCGGCCAACUUGACAUCAAAAGAUGCCCAUGAAGAAUGCCACUUGCGCUUCCAUGCCUUGGAAAACGAGAACUCUGAGCUGCUGUUGAAGCUGGCGGAACAUGAGGAGUUCAGUGUAAAACACAUCCUAGAAGUGGCUGAAAAGGAGAAAAUCAUCGAGUGUCUGCAGGACCAGGUGAGCUGCCUGGAGCAGAAUUUGCAGUGCAAACGCAACGAACUGGAAGAGAAGGAGCAACAGUUGUAUGUCGCCCAGGAGAAGGUGGUUGAUGCCAAUGCCAAGAUAUUUCAGCUAACCAGUGCCCCCCAAACCAAUGAGCCCAAGGGCAACUCUCUGUUUGCGGAGGUGGACGACCAGCGGCAAGUAAUGAAGCAGCUGCUGGCUGCCCAGAAGAAGAGCUAUCUAGACAUGAAGAAAACCUACACGGAGAGCGAGUCCGAGAUACGUCGCCUAAAGCGUGAGAAUGUGGCCAUGCACACAGAGCUACAGGCGUGCAGCACCAUCUUCUGCAGUGCCGACAAGACCUAUCAGAAUAAGCUCAACGAACGCAUUCGCCAGCUGAUGAGGCAGACUGAGACCCUGGAGCAGCAGCUAAACGUCUCCCAAAAGCGGCUGCGCGAGGUGGCCAGCGAGAAGAACGUGACCUGGCUGGACUCCAUGCUGGAAUUCUGCAAACGCGAAACCGACGAGCAGAAGGCGCAACUGCAUAGCAUGCGCAUCCAAAAGGCCGCCCUGGACGAGCAAAUGCGCUCCGUGCAGAAAGAGAUGGCGCGUUGGCGUUUUGAGUCUCUGAAAUCUCGCUGCGUGUUGAUUGAUCGCGAGAAUCUGCUGACGGAGCACAAGAUUGCCUUCAAGCAUGUUCAAGCCAUGGAAUUCAACAUUAAGGAGGCCGAACUGAACACCGCCCUGCCACGCAUUGUCAGUGUUGCAGCCACUGAGAGCCCAGCCACUGGGAGAUUCACGGAAGCUGAAGUCAAGGAGGCAAAAACUGAGAUUACAGGCUUAUUCUGCAGCACAUCGCCUCGUGCUUCACGUGAGGGAAAUAUUCAUUUGGAGAAGACAAUCAUACCUGAAGAACUGAAUGUCACACCAGUAAUUGUAAAGCAAGAAGUUAAAGAUGUAUCCUCGGCAGAAGAUGCACCCAAGCCCCUCAAGAAGGGCACUCCAGUCAAGACGCGUGCAGGAGGAAUGAAAAUCAAGUGCGAAGAGAAAGCUGUUGAAACAGCCAAGCCCCAGAAGAAGGGAACACCCAUUAAGAGUCGCAUUAAAACGAAAUGCGAAGAUCAAACACCGCAGAAAGAGUCCAGCGAAGAAGCGGAUGAGGAGGAAGAUAAUGACCAAUCAAUUGACAAUGCAGUAAAACCAGUGAUGAAGGGCACACCCAUAAAAUCCCGUUUGGGCGUCAUAAAAGUCAAGUCCAACGAAAUGCUGAUGGCCAAGCAAGAGCCCGAAGAAGAGGCAGUCAAGUCCAAGGGUCGCAAGGGAACACCACUGAAAAAAAAGGAACUCACGGCCGAGGAUUAUGAUAGCGAUGUAGCGGAAUACGUCUCUUCCACACCCAACAAAAUCGACAUUAAAGACAACAGCACUAUGACCCCGGCCAAACCACUGCGUAAGGGAACUCCCGUAAGGAGCAACACACACCAAUCAAUACAGCCUGCCAUGCAGGACACAACCAACAAGAAUGUGCGCUCCAUCCUGAGCAAGAAGCGUGAGAUAUUCGCCGAGGACAGCCACAAGAUGGUUCAGUUCAGCGGCAGCUCACCUGUUGUACACAAUCUAAGUCCCGUGGAGAAGCUACUGCCCGACGCCAAGGAGAACGAAAAGCCGACGACAGCUUCCGCUGGGGGCAAGGACAUUAAGCCGACGAUUAAGGGCCCGAACAUCAUCAGACGAAUUGUCAUCGGCCCCAGGCAGCCAAAGAAAUGACGGCAUCACAAUUUAAAAAGAAACUUUAAUUAUACCUUACAUCUAGACAUGAAUUUAGUCAUUAGUUACACACCAAAACAACAAGCAGCAGAAUCAACAGAUGGGAGAAGAUUAAACGAGACCUACAAAUUGUCUCCCCCUAGUAGUUCCUCCU